AUGCUCUGCCCUGAUGCACUCCUCCCCGUCUCAAGCUCUCUCCUCCCCGUCUCGAGCUUUGACCUCUCCCCUCUCCCUCUCUCCUCUCCCUCUACCCCCUCCUCUCCUCUCCCCGCAAACAAGCCUCGCCGUGCUCGUAGGACCUCCGCUGCCUGCAUCCACUGCAAGACAAACAAGGUCAAGUGCGACGAUGCUCGUCCUUGCUCGCGGUGCCAGCGCCGGGGAUGGGACCAGAGCUGCGUGGCUUUCAGCGGACAGUCGGAAGCCUUCGCCCUCGCCAGCCGCAGCCCCCUGGGCUACCUCCCCGUCGUCGCCCCCAAGACGCAGCAUCUGUCGCUGCCCCCGAAGCGCAAGUCGUGCGAGGGAUGCAGACAGAAGAAGGUCAAGUGCAGCAUGGACAAGCCCUGCUCGAGGUGCAGCUCCAACGUCGUGAUGGCGUGCACGGAGUGCCUCGAGCACUUCGCGGCAGCGGCUGCUCCGUGGGGACAGGACCUUGGGUACGCGCGUCGGUCGGACAUCUACAGGAUGCUGCGACCGCACAAGCGCAAGCACGUCGACAAAGCAUGCGCCUACUGCCGGCGGUCCAAGAUCGGCUGCGACGAGGCUCGGCCAUGCGCCCGAUGCCUCAAGGCCGGGCUGUCGUGCUACGAUCGCAAGGACGCGAAGAAGGACGACGAGGCGGCGUGGGAGCAAGCCGCUGUAGCCGCGUCGUCAGAGGCUGAGGGAUGGAAGGCGAUGCUGAGCGCGUGCCUGACCGAGGGCGACGAGCUCUGGACGACAGCGGGGGCAGGCACGGGAGUCGGAGGUGAGAACGAGUCGUGCAAGGGGGCCGGGGGCUGGCCGUCGCAAGAGCCGAGGGUGCUGGAGGAGCUACUGGAGGCCAGCGAAAGGGAGAGCGGCAGCGACGGCACAGAGAUGAGCAGCGGGAGCUCGCCGGGAGAGGAGGAGGGCUUCGUAUCGGUGCUACUAGAGCAGACGGAGGAGGGGAUGGGGGGAUGGUGGAUCGAGGGUUUCUACUAG